UCGACCGUAAGAGCAUUAUAUAAAGAAAUGAGCAGAACAGUUCUUAUUCUCCUGUCAUUAGCAGUAGCAUGCCACGCCUGGUCCGUGCCUUUUUACCCCGUGCAAAGGGCCCCAAUGAGGAUGAGAUACACCAGAUAUGCCCCUCCACCACCACCACCGAAACCACACAGGAUUCCUAUUCCAGUUCACGAGACCACCGAAAAAUACCAAAGGCCGAAGCGCGGUCACGACCACGACUUCUACGGUCAUGACCACGACCACGACCAGACCCGGGGUGUGACCGGGCCCGUUCACACUUUCGUCAAGACGGACAAAAAUGCCAACUACAAGUGGGGGGUCAGACACCAUGUUGGAAAUAAAUACGCUUCGUAAUGUGGGGGAGUUUUGCUUUGGUAUUUAUAUAGUUUUUAUGGUUAAUUUAAUUGUUGUUUUGGUUGUGGAUUAAGAGUGUUAAGUGUU